AUGCCUCCACGGCUUGAUUUCCCCAUCUCGACAGCCCAUGACAUCCCCAAGGAAGCCUGGUAUCACUUGCAGCUUCAGUUGGUCACCGGCACCUUGCUGCGUGAGUACCUGGUGUUAGCACAUGGUUUGGCACCUGGACGUCCGGAGAUUUCUGCCUACAUCCGCUGGAAUGAAGAUGCGGUUGCCUCUGGAACCUUUGGGAAGCCUUCCAAGACGCUUCUGCACGUGGUGGGCCAUGUGACGCAAGGGCCGCGCAGCUUCAGCAUGCUGGUGAUUCGCAUCGUCACGGGGCGGAAGCAUCAGAUCCGGAGCCACCUCGCGUGGUGGGGCCAUCCCAGCGUCUGCGAUGGCAAGUAUGCCACCAGACGCACUCUGACGGAAGACUUUGGACUGUGCCGCCGAAACUUUCUACACCGAUGCCAUCUGUCCUUUGUUGACACCGGGGGCGAUGGACCCCACCACGUGUGGCAGCCCCUGGCGGCAGAUCUGGCGAUAUCUCUGGGGGAAAUGAGGGCCAUCGGCAAAAACCAAGCCGCCAAGGUGGCGUGGUGUCAUGGAACGCCGCCACUGCACGAAUUCAUGGCACAAUUCUGGGCAGAAAAGGAGCUGCACCUGCCAUUUAGAGGUGGAGAUACUGAGUGA